GUCUUUAACCUCCACCUUGUGGCUUGUCCACCUUUCUGACAGAAAUGGUCGCAGCAGUUGAUUGGAAAGGGUCUUCACGUGUUGUUGUACCGAAAGGCGCAAUGGUUGACCUCCACCCUUGAUUUUCCAUCCAUCCAGUCACUCCCAAGAAAAUAUGUAUUUAGAAAAUUAAAUCCCAAACCCCCAAAGAGAUCCUAAGCUCAACCCAAAACCCAAACGAAAACCCUCCUCCUCCUCCUUCGAUCCAUUACAGCGAAGCUGCAUUUAAGAACUUAACUGAGCGGGUCCGGAGCCUAGCCCGGCCCCACUUCCAGCACCCAACCAUCAUUUCCACCUCUCUCUAUCUUUCCGAUCUCAUUCUUCUGUCGACUCACCGUUAGUCGUCAUAUCUCUUACGGUCUGGGGUUGGUGCCUCAAAAAUAGGCGUAAAUAUAGAGGUAAUAGAUGGGUUCGAAGCCAUGGCUGUCUUCGGCUCCGACCUAUCGUAGCUUAGAGACCUACUGGGACACCGACGAGGACGCCCCUGGUCCCCGAUGCGGUCAUACGCUCACCGCCGUCGCCGCCACCAAAUCUCAUGGCCCCCGCCUCAUCCUCUUCGGAGGCGCCACCGCCAUUGAAGGCGGCGCCUCCUCCUCUGCCCCUGGCAUUCGGUUAGCCGGUGUGACCAACUCGGUUCAUUCUUAUGAUGUUCUCACCAGGAAAUGGACCAGAAUUAGGCCCGCCGGCGAGCCACCGUCGCCUCGGGCUGCUCAUGCAGCAGCUGCAGUCGGUACCAUGGUUGUUUUUCAGGGUGGGAUAGGUCCUGCUGGACAUUCCACGGAUGAUCUAUACGUGCUGGACAUGACGAAUGACAAGUUCAAGUGGCACCGAGUGGUCGUGCAAGGACAGGGACCUGGACCUCGCUAUGGCCAUGUAAUAGAUUUGGUUGCUCAAAGAUACCUUGUCACUGUCAGUGGCAACGACGGGAAAAGAGUUCUAUCUGAUGCUUGGGCUUUGGAUACUGCCCAGAAGCCUUAUGCAUGGCAGAGGCUGAACCCGGAAGGUGAUAGACCUUCUGCUAGAAUGUAUGCAACAGCUAGUGCCCGCUCAGAUGGCAUGCUUUUGCUGUGUGGUGGAAGGGACACUUCUGGCACGCCACUUGCAGAUGCUUAUGGGCUGCUCAUGCAUAGGAAUGGUCAGUGGGAAUGGACUCUUGCACCAGGUGUAUCUCCUUCCCCAAGGUAUCAACAUGCUGCGGUUUUUGUUGGUGCACGAUUGCAUGUUACUGGAGGUGCCCUUAGAGGAGGACGUGGAGUAGAAGGUGAAGCAGCUAUUGCAGUAUUGGACACUGCUGCUGGAGUUUGGUUGGAUAGAAAUGGGCUGGUUACCUCUUCACGCACAAGCAAGGGAUCCACUGAAUAUGAUCCUCCUUUGGAGCUUAUGCGUCGGUGUCGCCAUGCAGCUGCAUCUGUUGGAGUUCGAAUAUAUAUUUAUGGUGGUCUCAAGGGAGAUGUGCUGCUGGAUGAUUUUCUGGUUGCAGAAAAUUCACCAUAUCAGCCUGACAUUAAUUCUCCGGUAAUAACAUCUGAGAGAGCCCUGCCAAUAACAAGUACCAAAGUGAAUCAGUCUAACAUGAGCAGCAUGGACAAAAAUUCUAUGGAGAAACUGAGAGAAGCUUCUGCUGCUGAAGCCGAAGCAGCCAAUGCUGUCUGGCAAGCUGUGCAGGCUACAUCUGCUGCUCCAGCUGAAGAGACGUCUGUAUCGGAUGACAACUCCCAAGCAGCAGAAACAACUUCAGAUGGAAGUGAUACUGAGGCAGAUGUUCGUCUUCAUCCAAGAGCUGUUGUAGUUGCUAAAGAGGCUGUUGGUAACUUGGGUGGGAUGGUAAGACAGUUAUCUUUGGAUCAGUUUGAGAAUGAGAGCAGACGAAUGAUUCCCUUGAACAAUGAGUUGUCAUAUCCUACUAAAAAGUUCACCAGGCAGAGGUCUCCUCAAGGUUUACAUAAGAAGAUUAUCUCUACAUUGCUCCAGCCUCGGAACUGGAAAGCUCCUGCCAAUAGAAGGUUUUUCCUGGAUUCUUAUGAAGUGGGUGAGCUCUGUUAUGCUGCUGAACAAAUCUUUAUGCAUGAGCCCACAGUUCUUCAGCUGAAAGCACCUAUUAAAGUAUUCGGUGAUCUUCAUGGACAAUUUGGUGAUUUAAUGCGGCUAUUUGAUGAAUAUGGAUUUCCUUCAACUGCAGGAGACAUAACGUAUAUAGACUACCUGUUUUUGGGUGACUAUGUGGAUCGAGGACAGCAUAGCUUGGAGACCAUAACUUUGCUCCUAGCUCUCAAGAUUGAGUAUCCUGAGAAUGUUCACUUAAUACGUGGAAACCAUGAGGCUGCUGACAUAAAUGCUCUCUUUGGUUUUCGCCUUGAAUGCAUCGAGAGAAUGGGAGAGAAUGAUGGAAUAUGGGCAUGGACACGAUUUAAUCAACUAUUUAACUAUCUUCCACUUGCUGCACUUAUUGAGAAGAAAAUAAUCUGUAUGCAUGGUGGCAUUGGGAGGUCUAUACAUUCGGUAGAACAGAUAGAAAAGCUUGAAAGGCCUAUAACAAUGGAUGCUGGAUCUAUAAUCUUGAUGGAUCUCCUUUGGUCUGAUCCUACAGAAAAUGAUAGUGUGGAGGGUUUGAGACCAAAUGCUAGAGGGCCCGGUCUUGUCACUUUUGGGCCUGAUCGUGUCACAGAAUUCUGUAAGAAGAACAAGUUACAGCUUAUCAUUAGGGCCCAUGAAUGUGUAAUGGAUGGUUUUGAACGGUUUGCUCAGGGACAGUUGAUAACUCUUUUUUCUGCAACAAACUAUUGUGGGACGGCAAACAAUGCUGGAGCUAUACUGGUAGUUGGCAGGGGGUUGGUUGUGGUUCCAAAAUUAAUUCAUCCCCUGCCACCACCCCUUCAGUCUCCAGAGACGUCUCCUGAGCGUGUCAUAGACGAUGCAUGGAUGCAGGAGCUUAACAUUCAAAGACCACCAACUCCAACUCGUGGUCGACCACAACCUGACCUUGACCGGGGCUCACUUGCAUAUAUAUAAUGUUACCUGACAAAUUUGGGUGAUUUAGAACUUGUCAGAGUGGCAAUUCUGCAUUUCCCUGACAUGCUUGACCCAUCCUGGAUCAAAUAAGUUUUCCAACUGUGGCUGAUAUGCUGUGUUCCUGUUGUAUUUUGAAAGAUAGUUGCAGAAGAUGAAGUAUUGUCUGUUGUACACAUAGCUCAAGGAUGGUAGAUGUAGCUAUUAGCCAAUUGCUCAUAGUCUCCAGGUUUGUAAUAUAUGUACAAUUUAGAAUGGGAAGAGGUUGCUGUCACCAUAUAGAUAACUUAUAGGGAGAGUUUGUUUAUAGUGUGCUGUAAAAUAUAUUAUCGUAUACAACAAUCAAUUCAUUUAUAGUGUGUAAUUGCUUUUGAUGAUGCAAUUUUUCAGAAC